AUGUCUCCCGCUGCCGUACGACAACCCUUUGCUCCUCUGGAUGCCCCUCGUCUGCGCUCCAUUCUCCGCACCAAGAUGAAUGUCCUCAACAAGCAGGACGGCAACAUGCUCUCAGGCAAAAAGCAACCCCUCGCUGAGUUCGACUCGGAGAACAUCCACCCCUCAGCACUCAAGUCCACGAAACGGAAGCGCUCUGCCGACGAUGAGGACGACCAUGCACCGGCCAAAAGCCCCAUGAAGCCAAUAAAGUCCUCUUCUAUUGGUUUUUCUAUCUUCGAAGACUCAAUUGCACCCUCAACCCCCACAAAAACAUCCCAGUUGACUCCCAAGUCCGCACCCCUCAAACCCGCCGGUCGCUCCCCCCAGUUGAAAGCCAGCAAGCCGUUUGCCCGCCGUGCAACAAUCUCCAAGAGCCGUCCAGACUGUGCCCGCAAAGGCGUUGGUCGUCCUUUCUCCCUUGCUGCAGCCCUGUCAUCUGGCAAAUCAAAGCCCAAGAGCCAAGCUGCUACUCCUGCACCCAAAAUGCCUGCAUCCUGGUCAUUCGACAUAUACGUCGACUCCGAGCAGGAGGAGAUGACAAACCUCAUGCAACACUCCACCUGCGUCCUAGAUAUUUCCGACGACGAGGACAGGGAAGAAAUCAAAUCGGAUCACCGCGGAAAGGAGAAUAUCCCGCCUGCUGAUCUAGGGAUCUCGCUUCCCCGCACCCGCCAACAGGGGUCCCCUGCUGCGGCUAGGAAGUCCGACACGCUGGAUGAGCCUCGCUCCCCAUUAGGCGAGCUCAAUGCGGCUGAUUAUUACGGCGACGAUUGUCAUGCGUUCUCGUACGCUGUUGUUUUCGAUGAGGAGGACGAGGCGCCCGUUGAGAAGAAGGUUGCCCGGAGUAAGCUGUCGAGCAUGUCGUCCAUCGAGUCCGUGCUCGAGGCUGCUGGAAAGGUUGCUGAGGAGUCAGUCGAGGACUCGACCUAG